GCUGCUCAUGUUUUUACCUCCAGAGGAGAAGAGAAGUGAUCUGAAGUCUUUUGUAUUUAACUUCUGUCUCGUCAUGUUCAUCAUCUCCUCCAGCUUCAUGCUUUAUUUUUAAAAUCAGGCAGUAUGCACUGAUGAGUAAUAACAGCUUGACUUCAUGAAUCUGUUCACAGCUGGAGGUCCUACAUGUUGAGUCCAGCUCCUCAGAGAAGAGUCAAAACACCAGCUCACGUCCUGAGGGAACAUUUAAACAUCAGCUACUCACAGGAAAUAACAAACAGGACGGACAUGUGGAAAUAAUAUAAUAAUAAACGCAUCAAGAAGAUCAUGCAGAAGGACACGGAGGUGGGGAGGAUCGCCAUGGCGGUUCCCGUGAUCAUCUCUCGGGCGUUGGAGAUGUUCUUGAAGUCCCUGUUGACCAAGACCUGUCUGAUAACUCAGUCCAACCUCACCACUGUGGUGUCUGUGGCUCACAUGAAGCAGUGCAUCGAGUCAGAGAAGCUCUUCCACUUCCUGAAGGAGCUGGCGGAGCAGGCCUCGUCUGCGGCUCAGAGGGACAACAGAGGCCUGAGCAUGUGGCCCUUAUACAGGACCAUACAAAGUGAACUGUCUGUUAAGAAGAAGCCAGACGUGGUCGACACGGGGACGAGAAGGAGCCUGGACUCCGUCGCCCACGACUCCAGCUCCAGUGAGUCGGAGCUCUACAUCUGUUUAUGACUGUGAGGAAAACAAGAGGAAACAGUUGACGCCAACAUUAACGUUAUUAUUUUGGGUGUAAAAUAUUUAAGUUAUUUAUGUUUGAUAUUUUCUUGUGAUUGGUCUUAUUGAGAUUUUUUUUUCUUCUUUAUUAUCUUAUUGUUUUCCAGUCGUAGGAGAUGCGAACAUGUGACCUGCAGCGACACUGAGCUAAGUGUAUGUUUAGCUGUAGAGCGCCCUCUUGUGGUUUCCAUUUUGAGCGUUUGAGUUUUAAAGCGCUUGUAAAUUAAUGUUUUAAAAAAGGCAGAAAACAUUUGAAGAUUGAAAUGUAAAAAAAUAAACAAUCUCUAAAUGAAUGACUUCAUUUCCACUU